AUGGCGAAUAAUUACGAAUCAGAAAGAAGAGGUAGCAAAAGUAGGGUCCUGGAAAGGUCCCUGAGCUACUCAGAAGCAAUUGGAAAUUCAUCUGGUAGAUCUUCCAUAGAAAUACCAAGAAUGACUCAAACAGAAGUGUAUACUAAUGAAGAAAUAAUGAAGCAGUACAGGAUCUCACAGACCUAUGUCGAAGGAAAAGAAAUCGCGUUUCCUUGCCUCAAAAACCUUGACACAAGAGUUCCGAUCAGCUAUGAAGGAGGAGGAUACGUCGAUUCACCAUCAAGUGACGACGAACAAGAAGCAGACAACGGUCUAGUCAUGACAAUUGAUGUUGAAACUGAGAGCCGUAAAUCGUCUGAAAAGAGGCACACUUCUGACGCAUCCACUCAGCCCUUGGUCAGUUCAAGUCCUCCAGACGAAAUCUACGAAAGUAUUGAACCAGAUACCUACAAUGACAGUACGUACAAUGAGGUACCGUCGCUCUAUGGGUACUCGACACCGUAUACAAGUAGACGAAGACGGACUGGGAAAAAACGUACUCGUCACCACGGCAUUGGCAGACAGAUUCGUUCACGGCGUGUGGUAUUCAAGACUGGAGAGGAGAAUGUCCCCAUCAGAAGUAAUAUCCCCGCAAAAUCUAUGAAAUAUAUGAGGGACAUUGUUAACACUGUUAUCAAUAGCAAAUGGCGUUACCUGUUGCUACUAUUGGUCGUAGCUCAUUUCACGUUUUGGCUGUUCUUUGCCAGCAUUUGGUGGGUGGUGACAGCGUCUUAUCAGGAUGAUAUUGGCGAUGGCAAACCUCAUUGUGUAACAGGCACGUCGUCCUUUGCUGGGCUCUUGAUGAUGGCUGUUGAGACUCAAAUGACAAUUGGAUAUGGAGUUAGAUUUCCAAAUGAAGAAUGUCCUGAAGCUAUUAUUGUUAUGGUGUUAGAGAUAGUGGCGGGUACAGCUUUAUCCGGUGGUCUUACAAGUUUGCUCUUCACAAAACUCAUACGACCGAACAAACAUGUCAGCUCAGUUGGCUUUAGUAAGAAGGCUACGGUGUGCCUUCGUGAUGGUGAUAUGUGCCUGCAAUUCCGCGUUUGGGAUUUACUUAAUUUACAUCUAAUUGGUAGCAGCAUCACAGCUUAUCUACUAAAACCAAUCAGAACAUUGGAGGGAGAGUAUGUCUCCAACUACAUCCACCAACUGAAGCUGAAAGAAAGCAACUCCUUCCUUCUAUGGCCCAUCACAGUUGUACACAUAAUUGACUCCGAGAGUCCGCUGUAUGACCUGUCAGCUCAAGAUAUGAUGGAUUAUAGGUUCGAAAUAGUGGCAUGUCUAAACGGCUCAUCCAAGAGUAUGGGCACUUGUACACAAAGCAGAACUUCAUAUUUAUCCAAGGAAAUCAUUUGGGGAUAUAGGUUCAAAAACGUUUUAAAGUAUUGCAAGAAAGAAGAGGCCUACAUAAUAGACACAGAUAAUCUUAAUACGGUAGAGCAAGUGGAAACACCACUCUGCAGCGCCAGCACAUUAAAAGGCUUGGAAAUUGACAUGAAAACUGAUCUUCCGGAAUCAUUGUCUCCAUGUGAAGGGUCGUUGCUCUCUAAGGACGAUUCUCUUUCUCCAACUAUGAGUCGGACUGGAACUCAAAGGAGUUAUGGAUGGAAUUAUAGAAGAUUUAUCACAGAUAGACUAACGGGAGAAGAAUAA